AUGGGAGAGAAACAGCAUUGUUAUCCCAUCUUAACAACGAAAGGUGGCCACUGUAAAGGGCUGGUUUGUCAAUGCAAAGAAAUAAUCAAAUCAGGAACAGGGAUGAAGUCAUCAAAUUUGCAGAUCCGAAAAUGUUCCUUACCAAUGGGGGUUCUCUGCAGGAAAUUCUCCUCGAAUACCACUCAGUCGGUGAGAUCAGAGCCCAGGAUGCCAUCCUUCUCCUCAAUAGACAGCCAGAGCAUCAAUCCUAGCAGGGUGGUCAAGGAGGUCAGGGCACUGAUGGUUGACAUGGGCACAGGCUAUUUCAAAGCAGGCUUUGGUGGCCAUGCCAAGCCUUCAGUCAUCGUCUCUUCCACAGUGGGUAGACCCAUGCAGCGGAGUGCCAAGACUGGGGACAACCGGCAGGAGAACUUUGUGGGCAGUGAGCUGAGAGCCCCUAUGGAGCUACGGCUCAUCAACCCUCUCCGGCAUGGCAUUGUGGUGGACUGGAAUGGUGCUGAGGCCAUCCUGGCCUACAUCUUUGAGAAGGAGAUGAAGGUGCAGCCUGAGGACCAUGCUGUGAUGGUGGCUGACCCACCCCUGAGCCCCAUCACCAACCGUGAGAGGAUGGCUGAACUCCUGUUUGAGACCUUCAACAUCCCAGCCAUGCACAUCACUAAGCAGUCGCUACUUUCUAUCUAUGCCUACGGCUGCACCAGUGGGCUGGUGGUGGAGAGUGGCCAUGGUUCCUCCUGUGUUGUCCCCAUCCAUGAAGGCUAUAUCAUGCCUCACAUCACUGCCAGUGUUGAUUAUGGAGGCUGUGACCUUACCAAGUACUUGCUAAAACUCAUUAACCAGAAUGGGCACAAGUUAAGUGCUAGCGACUAUCAUCUCGUGGAGCAAAUCAAACAAGAGUACUGUUACACUGCUAUUGACUUUGAUGGUGAGAUGCGGGGUGAGACCAAAGAGUACACAGCACAUUAUGAGUUGCCAGAUGGUAAGAUUAUCACAGUUGGCAAGGAAAGGAUCAAAUGCCCUGAAGCCCUCUUCAAUCCAUCACUCAUGGGUUCCAGAGAGGCUGGGCUGCAUACAGUGGCUCUGAACAUCAUCAAUAAAUGUGACUCGAGCCUGCUAGAGGAAAUGUACAAAAAUAUUCUGCUCUGUGGGGGCUCAACCAUGUUCUCUGGAUUCCGUGUUCGUUUCCAGAAAGAAUUGAGAAAACUGGUGCAAGACAUGAACCCGCAAGUGCAAGCAAUUCCUGAGAGAAGAUAUUCAGUCUGGUUUGGAGGGUCAAUCCUAUCCUGCCUCAAAUCCUUCCAGCAACUGUGGGUUAGCAAAAAGGAUUAUGAUGAGCGUGGACCAUUGGCUAUCUAUAGAAAAUGUUUCUGA